AUGCGGACUCAUAUUUCAAUCCCGUACUUCGAGAUCGAGUACGCCCGGGACAUCGACAAGGUUCUGAAGCAUCUCUUGCGAGUCGAAGAAAGUCUUUCUCAGAGCAUCCAUGGUGCUCUCAUGGAUGUUGAAGAAGAUGAUUAUAUUGAGGGAGAUAUCCGCGAUGCCCGUUGUGCACGGAUUAUACUUCUGGGUAUAAAGGAGGACUUUAAGGACGAUCCCAUCGCAUUUAGCAAGAUCGAAACAGCGAUUGAAAAGCUACGGUUUAUCCAAAGAGAACUAAUCAAUAUUCAAAUCAGGAACUCCAGAUUGAGAAGGGCUUCGAACCAAGGUGGAUCGACGUGA